CAGAAGAAAGUUCGAAAGGGAUCAAAAAGGGGGAACAAGAAGAAUUCUCAGUCUCAUCGCCAAACAAUCGUUAACAUGGACAAUCAGACCAAACUAACCAACCAACGUCCUUUAUCUCUCAACAUGGAUAUAGUAUCCUCAAGUGAUCCUAGAUUACCACCCCCUUACGCAGAAUCGAAUGAGAUGGCCGAUAGAUUAGCAGAAGGCAAUGAUGAAGAGGAGGAUGUGUUUUCGGACACACAGAGCUCUCGUCGUAGUCUUGGUAGUACACCACGUCAACAAUCCUUGAUCAAUCUUCCUCGUCCCAUCAGUGAAGAGAUUGGUCAAGGAUCAGUCGACGAUACUAAGAGUGAUACAGCUUCACUCUGCACCGCGUCAGAGACGGACAGGCGAUCGCCAUCGCUUGCAAAGAGUGACAGUUAUGAUUCCGCCAGCUCGCAGCCAUUCCCGACAACCAGUCGCGCAGAGUCGAGUGUUGAGUUGGGUAGCGGGAAACAAAAUCGUUCGUCUUUCCCUCGACAGCAGUCGUGCAUUGAAUUCCGUCAGUUUGAUAAAGGAAGCAGCGAGGGGGAGGAGAGGAAGGAAGGAGACGGAAGUGAAGGUGAUUCAAGUCGACCACCUUCAGAACAGAAGAGUAUAUCAAGACAAAGCUCAUCAGCGUCAAGGUAUAAUCAGUCAGGGUCGCAGACCUAUCCUAGAGCAGAAAAACGUCGGAAACGACGAAGGGACUAUGCUCAGAGUGAAGGUAAUGCUUCUCUUGAUCGCUCCAAUCUUGGAGUCAAUCAUAGACAUGGUAACACUUUUCCAAGGAAGCGGAGAGCGCGGAAAAAGAUUCUAAUGAAACCACCAAGUCUUUAUUCAUUACACCAUCAUAGAAAGCUAAAGCUUAUAGACUCUACUCUUGCAAUACGUUUAGCCACUUAUGACAAGAUUCUUGGUAGUAGUCGCGAAGACUUGGCUUUUGCUCUACCCGAGUUAUCUUGUGGGGAAAACACCAAACUCCUUCACGACAUCGCAAAUAAAGGUUUCGAUCCUCGUCCACUUCCUGUUCAACCAGAGGCUGAGGUCGUACGUGAAGGUGGCCGAAAGGGAAAGGGUAAACGGAAAAAGAAAGGUCGUCGAGGGGAUCAGCUCGAUGAUGAAUUAGGAACAAUCUAUGAAGGUAGUGAAUCAGACACUAGCGAAGGACGGGGUACAAGGAGCCUUGAGGUAGCUGAUAUCCCAAUGUGGCCCGUCUUACUCCUUCUAUUUAGCUACAUAACCUCCGGUGCCAUUUUAUUCUCUAUGUUAGAGAACAACUGGGAUUUCUUCGACGCAUUCUAUUUCUGUUUUAUCACACUAACUACCAUUGGUUUUGGUGAUCUAGUACCUGACACAAAUUUGACUAGCUUAAUCGCUUGCUGUGUGUAUACAAUGAUCGGUAUGGCAGUGACGUCGAUGUGUAUUGCUCUCAUCAUUAAAAAGUUUAUAUUCAUAGUUAAAGGUUUUGGACGAAGAAUCGGCAUCAUCAAGGAUUGAUCCAAUAAGUUAUAGCGCACAUGGAGUUUUAGUUCCUGGUGGGUGUUUCUCAAAGCUGUUUGUAAAG